UGCGUUCAUGCUCGAGGGGGACCGUGCGUCAUUGUGGGGUAGAUCGUGACGGGGUACGGCAGAAAUCUCUGCAUCCGCGCGGGUCCUUCCUCGAAAUCGUGACGCACGGUUAACGUCUUGAAAGGGGUGACUUCACCCUUUCGAAGGAUCCGCACCCCGCACCGAAGAUCUCGGAAGUGAUCUCUCUCACGGAUAACAUUGGUGGAAAAGACGAAAUAUCUCGCAGGAUAUCGAGGAUGCGCAUGUAAGGACCACUGCGCGGAUACUGAAAGAAAAAGGAAAAGAACAAUUACAAAAGAGAACUGCGUCGCAACAAUAGCUCUGUUUUAGUCUGAGGAACGUACGUCGCACGUAUUGGGUGUGCUGAUCUACGAUCUGGUCCGCUCGCGCAGACAGUCGUUUAGGAUGACGUCAGGGUUUAGGAUGAUGCUCUGAUCCCGAUCUCGUCCCCGCGAUUUCGUCGCCUUUGAACGGAUAAUGCCUUCGACGGGAUCGACCGGCCUUCCCAAGGUAGACAGAGCCACCAGUCCGCUGCCACGGAAACCGGCGGCGGCGGUGAGUCCCGUGACUCCAGUGCAGGAACUGAAGCCGCUGUUCGUUGAACCUCCCAGCAACAGAACCACCUCGGCGAAUGGCGAGAAAGAGUCAGAUUUUCGAUUUGAAGCGAUACAAUGUCUACGGCAGUCCUCCAUUAUCAGGAGAUUAUCCAUUAUCAGGGAUUUCCCGGAGCGGGGAAACUGGAGCAGCAAGAUUGAAUUCAUAUUGUCCGUCGUGGGAUUGGCGAUAGGUUUAGGAAACCUAUGGCGGUUCCCCUAUCUGUGUUACAAGAAUGGCGGUGGUGCUUUUAUGGUGCCCUACUUCAUCGCGCUCGCGCUGGCUGGUAUACCCAUGUUUCUGAUGGAGUUGUCCCUAGGACAGAUGCUGACGAUAGGCGGUUUGGGUGUCUUUAAAAUAGCACCGAUUUUCAAAGGCAUUGGAUACGCGACCUGCGUACUUUCUUGUUGGACCAAUGUGUAUUAUAUCAUCAUUCUUGCUUGGGCGCUCUUCUACUUUCUGGUCUCUUUACGAGCCGACGUGCCUUGGAGAUAUUGCGACAACUCAUGGAACACGCGUUACUGCAUCACGCCCGACGAACGUCUGAACAUUACGUGCUGGCCGAGCGACCACGGAGCGAACAAUCUCAUGUGCGCCACGUCUUUAGGAAAUCUAAGUCAUGAGCUGCUAAAAGAUCCAGUCAAGGAAUUUUGGGAGAGGCGAACUCUACAAAUUUCUUCGAGUAUCGAGGAAGUAGGUGGUAUAAGAUGGGAGCUAGCCGGUACACUCGCGGUCGUCUGGAUCAUGUGUUACUUUUGCAUCUGGAAAGGCGUCAAAUGGACCGGCAAGGUCGUUUAUUUCACGGCGCUCUUCCCGUACGCCUUGCUGGCGGUGCUGCUGGUGAGGGGCUUGACACUUCCUGGAGCCGUGGAAGGUUUGAAAUACUACGCGACGCCAAAUCUGUCGAAACUCGGCGAUCCCGAGGUAUGGAUAGACGCGGUGACGCAGAUAUUCUUCACUUACGCUCUCGGUCUAGGCGCCCUGGUGGCUCUAGGCAGUUACAACAAGUUCAACAAUAACGUUUACAAAGACGCGCUGAUCGUCUGCGGAGUGAACACUUGCACUAGCCUGCUUAGUGGAGUAGUCAUAUUCUCUGUCGUCGGUUUCAUGGCCCACGAGCAACAGAAACCGGUAGCCGACGUAGCCGCUUCCGGGCCUGGCCUGGCUUUCCUAGUUUACCCCUCGGCGGUGUUGCAAUUACCCGGAGCGUCAAUCUGGUCGAGUCUCUUCUUCUUCAUGCUCCUUCUGAUAGGACUCGACAGUCAGUUCUGCACCAUGGAGGGCUUCAUCACCGCCGCUGUGGACGAGUGGCCGCGACAGCUCAGAAAGCGGAAGGAAUCAUUCAUCGCGAUCGUAUGCUUGAUCUCCUACUUAAUAGGGCUUCUGUGCGUUACGGAAGGCGGAAUGUACGUGUUUCAACUAUUGGAUACGUACGCCGUCAGCGGAUUUUGCUUGCUUUUCCUGAUGUUCUUCGAAUGCAUCUCCGUGUCGUGGGCAUUCGGGGUGGACAAGUUUUACGAUGGCAUACGCGAUAUGAUAGGAUAUUAUCCUUGCUUCUGGUGGAAGAUAUGCUGGACGUUCACCACACCUGCCAUUUGCGUGGGCGUUUUCAUCUUCAAUAUCAUCAAAUUCGUCCCUGUGAAGUAUCUCACAUACGAAUUCCCAUGGUGGAGCCAUUUCCUAGGCUGGCUCGCAGGUCUCUCCUCGAUGCUGUGCAUUCCAGGAUACAUGAUCUAUAUCUGGAGCGUUACACCCGGAACUACCUCAGAGAAAUAUCGAAAAUUGAUAAAAAUAGAAGACGACGUGGCCGCCUUACGAAAGAAACUCAAUCCGAUCAAAGCUGCUGCCAUCGAUGCGGAAUUCGAAUUAUAAGAUCAUAUCGCUUUUCCGAUCACGAUAUGCGAUUAAGUUUAAAACGAGGGAAAUUCAAGUGCAACGCGACAUGUAUACGAUUCACAAGUAAAUCAGAUUUCGCCAGAGAGUAGUAUUAAGACAAGAUGCCAAAUGUGUUUCACUCACUUUGAGCGAAGUCACAUGGAGCGCGCGCGCACGCGCGCGUGCUAGGUCUAUUAAUUAAUCUAAAAUAUAUCAUAUACCUCUUAUAAUCUGCUUUCAAACAUAACAUAUAAAAAGACGAAGACAAUAAUAAUACACUUAAUAAUUCA